GCUAAGGAGAGGCCUCUCCCACAAGGCUGCGCGCCGCCGGACGCGGCGGGCUCUGGAACCCUUUGUGAAGGCGGUGGGCUGCGCGGGUCAGCGGCGCCAUGAGCGGCUCGGGCGGGGCGGCCUCGGCCUCCGUCAGCUCCGCGCCGCCCGCGGAGGAGGAGGGCAUGACGUGGUGGUACCGCUGGCUGUGUCGUCUGUCGGGGGUGCUGGGGGCCGUGUCCUGCGCCAUCUCCGGCCUCUUCAACUGUGUCACCAUCCACCCUCUGAACAUCGCGGCCGGCGUGUGGAUGAUCACCAACGCCUUUGUCCUGCUGCUCUGCGAGGCGCCCUUCUGCUGCUCGUUCGUCGAGUUUGCCAACACGGUGGCCGCGAAGGUGGACCGGCUGCGCUCCUGGCAGAAGGCCGUCUUCUACUGCGGGAUGGCUGUCGUCCCCAUCGUCAUCAGCCUGACCCUGACCACGCUGCUGGGCAACGCCAUCGCCUUCGCCACCGGAGUGCUGUACGGGCUCUCCGCCCUGGGGAAAAAGGGGGACGCCAUCUCCUACGCCCGGAUCCAGCAGCAGAAGCAGCAGGCGGAUGAGGAGAAGCUGGCAGAGACCCUGGAGGGGGAGCUGUGAUGUGGCUCUGGGUCCGCCCGGGGCUCUGUGUGAGCGUGGGGCCGGGCCCGCAGCGGGACUGAGGGCAGCCUGGAAGAGGAGCUGUCGCCCCCAGCUUCCCUGCCCGCCCCCAGCCUGGACUCCUCCCGCCUGCCCCUCUCCCCAGGCCGGCAUCUCCAGGCCCCAAGCUGGUGCAGAGGUGCCGGGGCGAGGGCUCCGAGGGCCUUGGCCAGCAGUGAGGAGAUGGGCAGCACCAGCCGCAGGCCACCUGGGCCGCAGGCCUCGAGGCGGAGACAGCGGGCCGCAGCUCUGCACCUCCCGGCCCUGGCAGCCUGGCACGGCUGGGGACAGGCCUCGGGUGGGCCUCCGGACUUCUCUGGCGACGCAGGUCCUCCUCCAGAGUGUCCCUCCUCUAGGCUGAGCCACCUGGGCCCUCCUCUGUCAUCGGGGCCCAGCAGUGUCCCAAGGGCUGUGUGCUGCGGCUCGUGGCCCCUCAGCUGUGCUCUCUGGGGGCCCCCAGCCCUUCUACAAGGCUCCUGCGGCCCCUGGCACAGCUGGAGCCCUGGGCCAGGCUGUCCUCCAGCAUUUCAGAACUGGCAAGGGCCAGCCUCCCCCCCCCCCCACGCCCUGGUGCUAAGGCAGUACCCCAGCCCUGUUAGGAGCAGGGGGCCUGGCCCAGUGCCGGUGCUCCUGCCGGCCUACCCCCACCUUCAGAGACCUGGGCAGCCGGCUGUCUGCACGGCAUCGGGCGCCAGCCCGGUGGGGGCGUGGCCUGGGGGCAGGGCAGGGAGUGUGCAGAGCUGGUGUGGGGGCCGGGGCGGCCCCCUUGGGACCUGUGCCUUCAUCUCCCCCAGGGUCCUUCCACACCUGUCCUUUCCUUGUGCCCCCCCCCUCAGCCCACUGGCCAUUCUGACUACCAGGCCAGCCCUUGGCCAGUGGGUAUGUCUGACAGCCCGGCUGAGGCCGGCAGCACUGGGCGGAAACCGGCCCAGCACCCGCUCCCCAGAGCGCGCAGGGCAGAGUCUUGCCGGGCAGGGCCCAGUCCAAGGGCGUGCCCAUGCACAGCUUCCCUGACGGGCCUUCAGUCCCUGCUGGAGGCUGUGGGCCUCUCGUGCUGCCUGGGGCAUCAGUGGGUCUCCCAGGGAGCUGCCCAGGCCGAGCCCAGGGCCUUCGGUGUGGCCGGGGGAGCAGGACACAUGUCCUGGGGGGUCCUCUGGGGCGGGGUUUGAGGGCCGUGUGUGCGUGGUGUGUGUGUCUCCUCCCACGUGUGCUGUGAUGAGGACCUGUCUACCUCCCGGGCGUGGAGCCUGCUGCCCUUUUGGCUCAUUCUUACCCAGGACACAGGCUUGGGGCCACCCCUGCCGGCCCUCCUGCCUCUACCCCAGGGGACUUGCUGACCAUUGUCCUUGCUGCAGGGGUGGGGCUGGGUGUGUGUGACAGAAAGGCCACUCCUUGCCCCGAGAGGACAUGGGGUAGGUGCCGGGCAGGCUACUCACCUGAGGUUCCCAGUCAGUCUGAUGGGCCCCAUCCUGCAGUGGGUGACCCUGUCUCUGAAUGGCAGUCCUGCCUUGCCAGGAAUACUGUCCCGGUGGCUGAGGGGACCGGGCCACCAGGGCAACAACUGCCUGCCUCCCUGUAUCUGGACUCCCUGGUCCCAGUCCUUGUUUGCUCUGUUUACCUUGACUCUUGAGCAAUAAAGCCCGUGGCCAUUUGUAUGCUCACAUGCA